UAAACGCGAAAGUCCUUGUACCGAAUUUCCUAUCUUUUUCAACAACAUUCCAAUGGCGCCAACUUCCACCCAGCCUCCGACUUCAACGGAAUCAACCCCACCAGCCUGCAUAACGGUACCGCCAGAAGGCAAAUAUCGAUACAUCCCACCAGAAGCUUGCAACGCCAACUGGGCAUACGCUCCCUCCUACCCCGCCGCAGUGGCUAUUUCAGUCAUAUUCGUCAUCAUCACCGUUGCACACAUCGUCCUAGCCAUACGUUUUCGCAAAGGCUUCUCAUGGGUCAUGAUCAUGGGAGCGAGUUGGGAACUCGUCGCUUUCAUCACGCGCGCUCUAGGUGCUCACCAACAAGACUCUCAGCCGCUUGCGUACACCAGCUCUCUUCUGUUCCUGCUGGCUCCGCUGUGGAUCAACGCGUACAUCUACAUGACCGCCGGGCGUCUGAUAUGGACGUACCAUCCCGAGAAGAAGAUCUGGUUUUUCAAAGCAAUCAGUAUCGGUGAAUACUUUGUGUGGCUAGAUAUCUUGUCAUUCCUGGUCCAGGGCGCGGGAGGUAGCAUGCUUUCGCCUGGUAGCGACGCAGAGACAAUGAACAGGGGAAAGAACAUCUACAUGACUGGGAUCGGGGUCCAAGAGUUCUUCAUUCUGCUUUUCUCUGCUCUCGUCAUUAAGUUCAUGUUGGAUGUCCGGAGGUUCCAAGGUUCUAGCAUUGGGUACUUCGGCGCGCGUUGGCAGUGGGUCACCUACGCUGUGCUCGUAUCCCUGGUUCUGAUCACCAUUCGUAUCAUCUUUCGCAUCGCCGAGUUCUCAGCUGGUACAGAUAUUUCCAAUCCGCUUCCGUACCAUGAGGGCUAUGCUUUGGGAUUGGAUGCUGUACCGAUGAUUUUGGCUACUGGCGUACUUGCGAUCCUGCACCCAGGCCUCGCACUUAAGGGUCCCGAAAGCGAGUUCCCCAGUAGAAAGGAGAGAAAAGCAGAGAAGAAGAGAAUCAAGGCUGAGAAGAAAGCAGACAAGAUAGUGAGAAAAGGGUUGAGGGAGGACCGCGGGGGUUAUCGGGAGAUGGAUCCGUCCAGCAGUUCGAAUGUAGAACUAAGCAGAGUUUGA